GUGAUCGAGAGGUGCGGCACCGAACAGGAGAAACAGUACGCCAAACAGAUCACACCCGUACGCAAACGUGGUAAUUACCUGCUCUGCACACUCCUGUUGGGCAACGUGUUGGUCAACUCGACGCUCACCAUUCUGUUGGACGACCUGACCAGCGGUAUCGUAGCCGUAGUGGCCUCCACCCUAUCCAUCGUGGUGUUCGGUGAGAUCAUACCGCAGGCCCUGUGCUCGCGACACGGCCUGGCGGUGGGCGCCCGUACUGUGUAUCUUACGUACCUGUUUAUGGUGUUGACGUUUCCGCUCUCGUAUCCCAUUUCCAAGGUUUUGGAUAAAGUUUUAGGCGAAGAGAUUGGCAACGUGUACGACAGGGAACGGCUGAUGGAAUACAUUCGGGUGACCAAAGACCACAACCGACUGGACGCGGAUGAGGUGAACAUCAUAUCGGGUGCUCUGAAGCUGUCGAAGAUGAAAGUGGUUGAGAUCAUGACACAGAUUCAGGACGUGUUUAUGCUGUCCUACAAUACGGUACUCAACUUCGAGGCCAUGAAUACCAUCAACAGUCAGGGCUACUCACGAGUGCCGGUGUUCGAGGGCGACCGCAACAACGUGGUGGGCAUUCUGCACGCCAAAGACCUGGCCUUCACCGAUCCCGACAACAAUAUGCCCAUCAAAGCCCUCAUCGAGUUUUAUAAACACCCGCUCUAUUUCGUCUACGAAGACGUGACGCUGGAUGUGAUGCUCAACGAGUUUAAACAGGGUAAGUCUCAUAUGGCGUUCGUGCGUAAGAUAAUCGACGACGGUAUCAACGAUCCGGUGUACGAGUUGGCCGGUGUGGUCACACUGGAGGACGUGAUCGAAGAGCUGAUCCAAGCGGAGAUCAACGAUGAGACGGACGUCAUAUCGGAUAAUCGCCGCAAACAGAAGCGCAAAGAGGCGGUGAAUCGACCGAAUUAUUCAGAUUUUAUGAAACUGGGCGGUGGAAGCGAUCACGACACCAAAAAGCUGACCUCUCAAAUGGGACUCGCGGCCUACAGAUACCUGUCCACAUUUGUGGAUCCAUUCACUCCUGAAUUCCUAACGGAGACUGUAUUGAAGAGAUUGAUGUCGCAGAAGAUCUACCGCGAGAUCAAAGUGAAGCCUAACGUGCAGUUCGACAAUGUAGACAAAGUGCCGGCCGAUAAACGGCUUUACACGUACGGAAAAGCGGCCGACUAUUUCAUAUUGAUUCUCGACGGCAGAGUCCGAGUCAUCAUUGGUAAAGAGCAGCACUCCUACGAAUGCGGCGCUUUCCAGAUCUUCGGCGUGUCUGCGCUUAAGAUGGCCUCCGCUGACGAUAAAGUGGCCAAAUCUAAUUCGAUGGGACGCCUGUCCAUCACUGAA